UUGCUCGUCUGAAGCUCGUCUUUUUGAGCGCUUCGACAUGCUUGCACUCUGUAAAAAAACACCAACUAUACAGGGGUGGUAGAGACCUUUGGCGGCGUGCCCUUGGCCGAAGACCGUGGCCGAAGCGAAUAAUCCAGUGAUCAGGCUAGACGGGCUAGACUCACGUACCCGGUUGCCGGGAGUCUAGCGCGAUAGAAGAAGAAGAAGAAGAAGAAGGGGAGGUAGAGCCGAGACAGCAUCACACCGCUGUACACAGUACACACUUCUCUCCAGUAUCUCAUUACGUUCUUUCAUUCGCGGUUAUCUUUUGCUCCUUCUUUCUCUCUGUUUUUCCUAAAUUUGUGAAACAACAUACUCAAAGGAUAAAAAAUCCUUUCGAAUUAGUAAUAAAACAGUGACUAAAAAAGCUGGUAAAAUUAGUGUACGCGUUGGUGGAAAGGGUGCGAUGAAGUAAAGCCUGGAGGAUGAUGAUGGGCGAUCAGUUUCGUAGUAAAGUGGAACAAUACUCACCCAAGUCAUCACCGAGGGGAGCUCGUUCCCCCGUAGUUUCACGUCAGGACUCGACCGGGACACUCAAAACGACGAUUUCCCUCGGAAAAAACCCCUCCAUCGUCCACAGUGGGCCCUUCUACUUGAUGAAGGAGCCCCCUGGGGAAAGUGAAUUAACAGGGGCUACAAAUUUGAUGGCCUAUUAUGGCCUCGAACAUUCCUACAGUAAGUUCAGUGGAAAAAAAUUGAAAGAACAAUUAUCCUCGUUCCUGCCAAAUUUGCCAGGAAUUAUCGAUACACCGGGUCAUCAGGACAACAGCUCGUUGAGAUCAGUGAUUGAAAAACCACCUAUAGGUGGCAAAGAACUCCUUCCUUUAACCAGUGUUCAAUUGGCUGGUUUUCGAUUACAUCCUGGCCCGCUACCGGAACAAUAUCGUUAUGUGAACCAGGCGCCUCAGAGAAAACACAAGAACAAACACAAGAAGCACAAGCACAAACCAGGAGAAGUGCCGUUGGGUCAAGAAAUAGCAGCAACAGAUAUAAGUGGGCAAGACACGCACGAGAAGAAACACAAGAAGCAGAAGCGACACGACGAGGAGAAAGAGGCGAGAAAGAAAAGGAAGAAGGAGAAAAAGAGAAAAAAGCAGAAGCACAGUCCAGAGCACACCGGUGGAUUGACGCCUUCGCAGCAUUCGAACUCGUGAUCGACGAUUCUCUCGGAGUUGUCAAACUGAAUCGAAAAUUUGUCACGGUCGCAGAAUUCCACAGCGAUCAAUCUAUUGAAUACAUCAUUUUGUUUUCCCGACAGAUUCACGCUGGGGAUCCUCUGUGAGAAUUUCGCCUUAACGAGAAAUUUGAAGUUCGAUGGCAAGAACAAUUGAUCUGUCAAUUCUUAUUUCUUUAAGUCUCCUUUGUAACUGAGCUGAACGACAUUUUCUUGGAUGUAGCGGAGAUUCUGAUUGGAGAAAAUAGUUGAAACGUUUCGAAGAUCAACGAUCAAUACGAAAUCGAAGAUAUUUCAAGUGAUCUACGUAUCUGAACGUGCAAUCUCGAAUUUAACAAUCGAUCGAUACUUACGAAAGCUGGUCCAGAAAGUUUGUGGCAAUAUUCGAAUGCGACGUGUUAUUAGUUCAUUUUUUUUUCUUGUCUCAAUGAAAUCCACACGAAUUAUUUCGGAUUGGGUAUUUGAGCUUGUACAAUAUCAACCGUGUAAGAUAUAGAAUUAUAUUCCUAAGCUUGGACAAUUUCCAAGGUCACAUUGAUGUAUGUAGUGCAUACGUAUACGUGUGCCGUUGCUCCUUGUUCUUUUUAUUUUUUUUUCUAUCGAAAACUUCGACGAUCAUUGCGCGGAUCUUCUCUAUUCCAAAGAUUCUGCUCACUCGUGUAAAUAUUAGAAAUGUCAUGAUAAGCAAGAGCGGGCGGGAGAGAGAAAGAAAGAAAUAAAAUAAAAUAAAAACAAGUGAAUGACAAUUGUAAAGGCACAAAAGUUCACACCGGAUUAGUGACAUGAAAUAAUGAUGUCGACGCGUGUUGUUGAGCGAUGUCAUGUCGGGGUAAUACGUAAGCAAUUAUGAGUAUUUAUAACGCGAAUAUUCAUAAGGAAAAAUAAAACAAUACUUUAAUAGA